AUGAAUACUAUUGUGUUUAACAAAUUGAGUAACCAGGUCCUCUUCGAUGAGAAGACGAAGGAGGUCGAGAGGAGCAGCAUAAAUUAUUUAGAGGUAAUAGAUGGACAGCAUCCGGACCUUCAUCCAGACCUUCUAUCAAGCAAUCAUCAAGUUAUUAAAGACAACAACGGCAUCAGACACAGGAGGUAUGUCACUCAUUCAAACUUCUCAUAAACAAAGCAGACAACCAAACUUGCAACAGUGUUUAGAUUUUUAAUUAUUGCACUUCGGUUUGCAUUGUAAAGUCAUGUUUGGGUAAGGGAACCUUUCUGGUGGCGCAACUGAAUAAGGAGUGAUACACACUGUGUGAAAGGUGUAAGAAGUCGAUGCUGCAAAUUGAAAUUGUGCAGAUUAGUUUUUUUAAAUGAUGGUGACCCCAGGUAACCAAGUGUGAUUGAUGUGUAAUUACGCAUUUAUAAUGCAAUAGGUAAGCUUUUCGAAAACAACGCCAUCUAAUAAUGGUUUUGGAUAUGUUCUAAACAGUCAUCUCAAUUAUAAAUACAGACAAAAGGUUAUCUAAAGUGAAAUCAUAGCAAUUCUUAGCAAAAUAUUACAAUAUCAUUUCACAUCAUGUAGCCAAAAUAUUAACAACAUUAGAAGUGCAACAUUCCAUCAGUGCAAUAUAAUCUUAUUGUUUUAAGGAAAUUGCAGAUAGUUAAUAUUUACUAUUACAACCUGGUUUGCAUUUUAGUGUUGAUAUUCACAGAUAAUCUACAUAUAUUAAUAUCUAGGCAAUCUGUUUUCAGUAGCGUGUAUAAAACACAUCUUCGUCUGUUUCCAAUAUAUACAUGUGCCUUUCAACUCUAUGUGUGGUGUAGUCAAGCAUGGCAAUUUCUUUAGAGAGAGAGCGAGAGUAAAAAAGGAUUCAUGUCAUGCGUUAUUUUCGUAUAAUCGGAACUCAGAGAGUCAAAAUUCCUCUGAUUGACCCGUGGGCUGUUUACACUCAAGACGUAAUUUAUUUACAGACAUGUACAGUAGUCCCUUAUAUGCUUGGAUGGGCACCAGCAUCGAAUCAAACGUGAUGCUGCGUGAAACAGGAGUCAAUUUAAGCAAACAUCCUACACACCGACGUUCUCCGUCAGCGCCGGAGUUAUUGAACUACCUCUGAGAGACGGAGGGAUAGAUAACACAAUGGCGGUGAGGUGCCGCUUCCGGGCCGAAUAUCAUUACUAUUUAAGAAUAUUAAUAUUAAUAGGAGGUGUGUGUCGCCAAAAUUCAGCACAGGGGAGUAAACUGUUAUUUAAAUAUUUGUAGAACAUGAAUUUCAGGCAGACUUGAAGUUAGUAGAAAAUAUGUUACAUCUGCAGUGGAGCUUCGGAGACAGAAGAUAAAGCAGGGAAUAUCGCAGGGUCAUAGUGACAUCUACAGGUUUAAAAAUCAUAGGCAGCACAUUAGAAGUAUCAAGAACAAAUUGCUCCCAUUUGGGGUCCCUUUGAUUAUCAGUCUGAGAAUGUUUCGUUACCAAAAUACCUAGGCUAUUGCUCGAUUUGGAAAUAGCCUAUUUUACACUUGGUUGAAAGAUAGCACUUACACAGACAGCACCACGCAACGACCAUAAAACUUAGCCCUACUUGAGACACGUCUAGCUGCUACCAUGGGUGUGAAAUGGAAUGUUAUUAUUUGUUUCAUUGCGACGUUUUCGUGCUUUGCGGGAAGAGAAGCACAGCAAAGAAAACAAGCAACCAAUAAAACGCUUCUCUGCUCCAGUUUAAUUAUAGCACACUUUGGUGAGAAAAUGACACACUCUCCAACGGUCAUUUUACGUGUUAUGACUCUGGAUAGCCAUUCUUCUUCAAGGUAGGCUACAACAUGAACGGAACAUCCACUUUACGUCAUGUGCAAAUAAACAACAAUAUUCUCUCUCUAUAUUAGGGAUAAAGUACCACUCAGGCACGAAUUCAAUCUAAGAUCAUGUCACUUGUUUUUGUGUGUGUUUGUUUUCCCCAAAGUUUUUUUCCCCACCCAAAAUGCAUUAAGAUGUAGGUCUAAUUAUACGAAAUUGAUAUGUUUGGUAAUGAUAGCCUAUUCCUUUAUCGUUGUUUUUCAAAUACGUUUUAAUGAUAGGCUAUCUUUAAUUGAUUAACCAAAUAGUAUUUUGGCCUAUAUUAGAACUAAUAUAGCCUACCUCAAGUAUAAUUAAUGUAUGCACAAUGAAUUAAACCCUAGGCUAAAUGUAAUCAAUAUCCGCGAUUAUAAACCCAGGGUCGUUACAAUAUUAUCGAAUUAGUCUUCUCUUGAGUGUAAAAGUUGUGCGUCACUGAUCAAGUCUUGGUCAACAACUUGUACAAAGGGAAAAUAAGUGAAAGAGCAGAAAGAAUUUCCUCAUGUUACACGUUUUUUUAUUCACAGCAAUGUUUUAAUAUUUUCUCUAAAUUCAAUUUCUUAUAGGUCUACAGUCUGCGAUCUUGACAACUACGUCAUGAAAACAAAAUCAGAAAAGUACGUGCCACUAUUCCCCAUAAAUUAAACAUCAAUAAUAUAUAUAUAUAUAUAUAUAUAUAUAUAUAUAUAUAUAUAUAUAUAUAUAUAUAUAUAUAUAUAUAUAUAUAUAUUUCUAAAUAUAUUUGUUUCAUAACGAAAAUGUUUAUUGACAAGGGCCUCAAUUCAAUUCUUAGGCCUAUUUUCUCUAGAGCAGUGACUGACGCACUUGUUGCUCUCUCUCCAUCAUGCAGGGGCCGUCAGAGCAGCGGGAAGGUGCGACACAAGCGUCAGGCCCUUCAGGACAUGGCACGGCCCCUGAAGCAGUGGCUCUACAAACACAGGGACAACCCAUACCCCACUAAGACGGAAAAAAUUCUGCUAGCCCUUGGCUCUCAAAUGACCUUGGUCCAGGUGGGAUUUUCUCUUCUUUUAAAUAUUUCAGGAUUUCAGGACAGUUCAAACAUUUUAACCACAAUGUAAUUUGAUUGUUGUUAAUCUGAUAUUGUAUUGAAAUGAAAUGAAAAUACAAACAGUAUAUAGAUAAAUAAUUAGCAAGAAUUAUCAUAGUGAAAAGGCCUACUUACAAUUCAUUCUAGUGUAGCCUACAUUUAAAUUUCUCACAGAAACGGUCAAUAUUAAAAUCAUGGCAUUCCGAUUGUCUCUAUGAAUACUCCAUCUCUAUUUAACAUUAUGGUUUUCAUUAUGGAAAAUAUUGACCUUGUUCUUAUCUCUUGUUAUAGCUUGUUUAUACUUGUUUGAAAAUAUAGCCUUUUUAUAGGCUACUUGUCUUUGUAAAUAGGCAGCUUAUACUUAGGUGACGUUUGGUGUUGUGAGUCAUAGAGCAUAGUGUUCCUCUAGAUUACUGUGUUUCCAUCAUGAAUGGCAUAUUAUUAUUAUUAUUAUUAUAAAGUGACAAAUCCCAGAGAGAGAGAGGGAGAGAGAAGGGGGAGGGAGAAAGAGAGAGAGAGAGAGAGAGAGAGAGAGAGAGAGAGAGAGAGAGAAGUGUGAGAUAGAGAGUGAGCGUGAGAUAGAGACAGAAAGAGAGUGUGUGAGAAAGAGAGAGACAGAGAGAGAGAAAGAGAGAGAGAGAAAGAGAGAAAGAGAGAAAGAGAGAAAGAGACAGAGCCAGAGUGUGAGAUAGAGAGAGCAGCAACAGAAGGCUACAACUGAGCUCCUCCCUAUGUUAUGUUCUGUCUGACAGGUGGGGCUUGUACAAACCUAGGAUCUUAAUUUGAGCCAGUUUGCUACAGCGGGAAAAUAAUCCUACAGCCACAGGAAAUGCGAAUUAUUAUGUGGAUUAUAAUUAAUGGACAUUAUUUGUAGGGGUUGAUGCAGUUUUCGUUAGGGCAAAUCAAGUCUGACAAUUUAAAGUAAAAUUACAAACUUUAGAAGCCUUUUUAAACCUUGAAUACACUACAAAUGUGCAUUUCCUCAGCAACGAAAGAGUGAUAAAAUUAAGAUCCUACAUCUGUAUGUUGCUGUAUCAUCUCCACACAACACAAGUUCAUAAAUAUGGGAGAGCGAUAGAGAGAGAGAGAGAGAGAGAGAGAGAGAGAGAGAGAGAGAGAGAGAGAAAAGAGAGCGAGAGAUAGGGGAGGGAGAGAUCGAAGGCUGUCAUGGCUAUUUCCCCUUCCCUGCAUCUGUCGUCUAAUCUGUUUUUAAUUUGGGUCCUAAUGAAGCUGUUUGUUUUGGGGAGUGUGGGCACAUCACAGAAUAAUGCUUUAUAUGGAACACACACACACAGGCCCACACCCCCACACUCCCACACACCCCAUACGGGGUGCAAGGUCAUGUUAUGUUCACUCUGUCUGUGACCUGUCUGUCUGUCUGUCUGUCUGUCUGUCUGUCUGUCUGUCUGUCUGUCUGUCUGUCUGUCUGUCUGUCUGUCUGUCUGUCUGUCUGUCUGUCUGUCUGUCUGUCUGUCUGUCUGUCUGUCUGUCUGUCUGUCUGUCUGUCUCUAUGCAACAGGGUAGAAACAAGGAACAAGGUGAUGAACCAUGUGGUGUCAUAAUACUGUGUAAUGUCAUAGCACUGGGUUCGAUGUCUGUGGUGGUAACCCGUCGUUGUGACCAGGGCUGCGUCCCAAAUGGCAUCCUAUUCCCUACAUAGUGCACUACUUUUGACCAGAGCUCUAUGAGCCCUGGUUAAGAGUAGUGCACUAUAUAGGGAAUAGGGUGCUAUUUUGGGUGUAGGCCAGCCGUGCCACCCAUCCAUCCUCUCGCAGUCUCAGUCUUAAUAACAUAUUGUCCUACAGGCUCAUUAGCAAAUUGCCUCAGACCUCUCUGUGCUCUCUCAGCGCUCUCUCAGUCUCUGUCAGCCUUCUCCAAGCCACAUGUAGACGCCUCAGCUAAGGCCCCUGGUGUGACAUGCCCUCAGCCAGAAACAAAGGGACGUGGGACUCUCUUCGUUAAUGAGAAACAUGAUACUGAAACACAGGAAAGAUCCGAAAAUAAGUACUCUAACAUAUGGCCAGUCCAACCCUUUCAUAAGUUGCUUGAAGUCUAUUGAGCAUGAACAGUUAUUCUAGAGUAACAUCUUAUGGUAUCUGGUUCUUGUGAAAUGGAGAAGGCAGGGUUGGGUAUCAUUUUAUUGCAUUAAAGAAGACAGUGCUUGAAAAAAAUACAUUAUUAGAAGGAGAGCGGCGGAAUCCAGAAUAAGCACAUAGGACUGGGUACAUUGGGUUGGAAAUAAAUUAAUGAAACGUUACAUUCGCUGGUCCUGUCAAGCAUUUGGAGGUGUUAAAUGUUUGUGAAUGGCAUUUUGAAAGCCUUUGAUAUAGACUAGAGGACUAAAGAUGACUAGACUAAAUGAAUGCACUGCUCCGACCCGUUUCCCCAGUGUGUCUGGGAUGUCUCAGAGACUGGUUCAGCGGUAUUAUGGGUAUUAGGGUCCGCCGUACUGCAACCUGACUCUCUCUCCGUCUCUCUCAUGCCCAGGGUAAGGCAGGCCGGAGGGAGGGAGGCACAGCAGACAUUUCCCUAAAGGAUAGUCUGUGUUAUGUCAUGGAUGUGGGGGUGUUUUGAAUCCAAACAAUAAUAGUGAUUUCUAUUUUUCUUCCUAUUUCUCUCCCUUUUCUUUUCUCUCUGACUAUCCUCGUACUUUGCUCUCUGUCUUUGUUUCUCUGCCGUCUCGGUCUCUCUUUCUCUGUCUCUAUCUCUAUUUUUUAUCUUCUGUCUCUCUUUCUCCUCUCUCCCUAUCUCACUCUGUCUUUUUCUCACUUUAUAUGUUUCUCUCUCCCUAUCACUCUGUCUUUCUUACUUUCUCUCUCUCUCCCUCCCUCUCCCUCCAUCUCUCAGGUCUCUAAUUGGUUUGCCAACGCCAGACGGAGGCUGAAGAACACAGUGAGACAGCCAGACCUGAGCUGGGCCCUGCGCAUCAAACUCUACAACAAAUACGUCCAAGGCAAUGCAGAGAGACUGAGUGUCAGCAGCGAUGACACCUGCUCAGAAGGUAAGUCCUAACCCUCCCCUCACUGCCAACCUAUCAUAUUAUAACACCAUAUGUCUAUCUCAUAAAGAUAACCCUCACUGCCAGGGCCAACCUAUCACAUUACACCUCAUACAUCACAUAUUUCAGAAGGUAACCACCCCUCACUGCCAAAGUAUCAGCUCAUAACACCUCAUAACAUCCUUCAUCGAAUUCUUCAUAUCAUAUCUCUAUCUCAGAAAAUGAGGUCAGCCAAAUACAACCAUCUUCCUCCUCCCAUAUGCCUCGUAUCCGACCGCUCCAGCUCCAAAGUAAGGAUCCAGUUAUGCAGGGCCAUGUGCUGGUGUUAUAAAUGGCCUGUCUGUGGUUGUGUCCUAAAUGGCACCCUACUCCCUAUAUAGUGCACUACUUUUGACAAGAACCCUAUGGGCUCUGGUCAAAAGUAGUGCACUAUAUAGGGAAUAGGGUUCUAUGUGGGAUGCACACUGUGUGUCCUGGUAGACAGAAGCUGAGGCUCAGAGGCUGUGACACGCUGUCAUUAAGACACCCUAGGGCUGAGGACUAGCUUCCCCUUCAGAUCCCAGCCUGCAAUUGGAAUAAGAGGCUCUGUCAGCUGUGUAUUUCUUUCUUUCUCUCUCUCUCUCUCUCUCUCUCGUGUCCACGAUCUCGUCUCAUCCUCCUCUCUCUCUCUCUCUCUCUCUCUCUCUCUCCUGCUCAUCUCUCUCUCUCUCUCUCUCUCUCUCUCUCUCUCUCUCUCUCUCUCUCUCUCUCUCUCUCUCUCUCUCUCUCUCUCAGCUCUUUUUGAUACAGAGAAACACCCAUGCACUGUACUGUGGUGUCACUCAGUCUCUUAAGCCCUAAUAGGUUUGUUGAGGAGGAGAGAUACACACUGUGAUCUGAUAGAGAGUUAGUUAUGUGACUGAUGAGACCAUAAUCCCAAUGACCCUGUAACUAUUCAGUCUAACUUUCAAGGUCUCGCUGUUAGAUAUUUCACCUCAGUGUCAGCGGGGUUGCCGUGGCAAUGCCUCAACAGGAAGAGGUCAGGGGUCAGACAGAGGGAGGUUAAAGGUCACAUGUAGCUCAGGUUUAUGUCCGACUUGAGGAAGGGCAUGAAAGAGAAAUGUCAAAGGCUUAAAAAAGGAACCUUUGGCUAGCUUGUUUUACAUGUCGGCUGAGGAUUUCAAACUCACUCUCGGAUGUGCAACGUACGCCUCGAAUAUACGUCUCAAAUAUCUACCUCAGAAAGCAGGGAGAAGGAAAGCAAAUAUGUCCAUGUGGUUCUGAUAUGUAGAAGCUAUAAUUAUAAUUUGGCCCAGACUGAAUCAAAACUCAGACCUGCCGAAAUUACCCAAUUACAGUCUUAGCACUGACAUCAUCUAGAGUGGAGCUCUCUUGAUUUCCCUCGUCCAGACAGGGUAUCUGUUUUUCAGCACCGUGUUCUAUCUUUUGUAUUUUCUUUCAUCAGGUGGGGACAAUAUUUUAAUUCAAUCUCAGCCGCAAAGAGCUCCCUGGAAAGGAUUUAUUUCUGCAAAGAAUAACAGCAAUGUGCUUUUUAUAGAGAGGAAAUGGGCUACCAUCCAUUAUGGUUUGGUAAUGCCUUGGUCUUAAGCUGAUAGCUGAGGUCUUCCUUCACUGUAGUUGGGUGAAGCCCUGCCAACUGGAGGGCAUACAGACAGAGGAACUAAAUGUCAGAUUUUUCUUUCUUUCUCUCUCUACUUUGUCUGUUUUCUCCCUGGUGGCACCCCAUGGUGUUGUAGACGGGGACAACACUCAGCGGACGCAGACGAGUGGCGGUGAGUUUAGCAAGCCCAUGUACCAGAGCGUCAUCAAGAAAGAGGGCGCCGCCAUGAUGGGGGUGGGGCUCCGGGCCGCUGCCUCAUUGGCCGAGGACUAUGUGACUCCGCCUCCCAAGUACAAGAGUAGCUUGCUCCACCGGUACCUCAACGAUUCGCUGCGACACGUGAUGGUAGCCAACGCCGUCAUGGAUGCCAGGAAGAGGAACCACUCGGGAUCCUUCAGCUCCAACGAGUACGACGACGAUCUCCUCUCCCCGUCGUCCUCAGAAACCGAGGCAAACUUUGUUUAUCGAGCUGGUAAGAGUCCUACAUUCUUUCUCACAUUCUUUCCUCAAGAUUUAGCUGCCUGCUGCUUCUCUCUUCUCUUCUCUUUUUUCUCUUUCUGUCCCCAUCUGCACAUUUUGUUUUAAUUCCCGGCCCUCAGCCCCAUCUGGCCCGUUCGUUGUGAGGAGGGCGUUCUUGGGCGCUGUGACGAUGUUCCACUGCUGUUCCACUCCUGUUGUCCUGUUUCAGCAGCCUGGUUCUGGUUCUCUGUACUCCCUGUUCUCACACUCUCCUUUCAUUUCAGAUGAGUGA